UCCUUUUGACUGGGGCACACAAACACAUCACAGAAACGAGUAAGAUAGACAAGGAAAGGAGGCAAGGAUUGACUUGUAGCACUCGAGGAAGAAUAAUCACGAUGAAGAAAUUAAAUAUAGAAUUUCAAUAAUUGUACCAGUCAACAAGCAACAACUACAAGAGAAUUACAAGAAUCAGAGCUUGAAUUCGUUUUGGUGUGUUCUCUGAUCGUUAUUUCUCAUUCAGGGUAGUGGUUAUAUAGGUGCAUGUGAUGAUACACUGGGUUUUCUUAUCUCCUUCUCAAGCCAAUAGAGAGUGAGGAAACGGGGAUUUCUCUAUUUGAGGUGGGAAUUUCAGAUUUGGUGCUGAUCUUAUAGUAAUCGUGGUUUUGCGCUUGUGGGUUUCUGAAAUUAUGUUGAAAGCUUAAAUUUUUUUUGACGUUUCAUAAGCUCACCAGACUGCAUACGAGUUCCUGGUUUGGGUUAUUGAGAUUUGGAAGAAUCAGGUUUUGCUCUGGUUUUGGUGCUCAACUGUGUUUGGUUUUGAUUUUACGGAGGGGAAUUUUGGGUUUUGGAGCCCUCUCUACUUUUUUUUUUCAGAUACGCACGUGAAUAAGCUAUUGGAUGGGCUAUAGUGACAGGUUUUGAUCUGGAUUAGUUGUGUCUGGAAGAAUUGGGAAUUGAUAUAGAGCAGUGUUGAGUCUUUCUUGAGGGGGUGGCAUUUGGUUUGUUCUUGUAAAUUAUGUUAAAACAGAUACUCAGCAAGCUACCUCGAAAGUCGUCGAAAACUGCAGAAAAUCGUGAGCAUGGAGGACACCAUGCUAUUUAUUCAAAUGUGUCCACUGGUUCGAGAAACAGUGAUCUAGGAACAACCAAGGCUGGGAAUUCGACCAUAACAUCUCUUCCUUCUUCUAAUUCGGUUUCAGAUUUGGGACAGAAUUAUAUUAACCAGGUACAGCGAGCUGCAAAUUUGAAGCAAAAUGGAAAUUCAGGAUUUUCUGCUUAUGAAGCAUUGCCUGGAUUCAGGGAAGUCCCAAACUCGGAGAAGCAGAACUUAUUUAUAAAGAAGCUGCAUCUGUCUGAUUUGGUGUUCGACUUCACUGAUCCAACAAAGAAUCUGAAGGAGAAGGAGAUCAAGCGACAGACAUUGCUAGAGCUAGUGGAUUAUGUUACUUCCGCAAAUGGUAAAUUUCCGGAAACUGUCAUGCAAGAGGCUAUUAAAAUGGUGUCUGCAAACUUGUUUAGGGCAUUCACUCCACAGCCACGUGAUAACAAGGUCAUAAAUGGAUUUGAUAUGGAAGAGGAGGAGCCCUCAAUGGAUCCUGCAUGGCCACACUUGCAAAUUGUUUAUGAAUUCUUACUAAGGUUUGUGGCAUCACCUGAGACAGAUGCAAAAUUGGCGAAAAGAUACAUUGACCAAUCCUUUAUCCUGAAGUUGCUUGAUUUGUUCGACUCUGACGAUCCUCGAGAAAGGGAGUACCUGAAAACAAUUCUUCACCGGAUCUAUGGUAAAUUUAUGGUACAUCGUCCAUUCAUCAGAAAAGCCAUCAACAAUAUCUUUUUUGGAUUUAUCUUUGAGACUGAGAAGCAUAAUGGGAUUGCUGAACUGCUAGAAAUUCUGGGUAGCAUUAUCAAUGGAUUUGCUUUGCCACUGAAAGAAGAACAUAAAGCUUUUCUUGUCCGUGUACUUAUUCCCCUGCAUAAACCUAGAUGCUUGGCCAUGUACCAUCAGCAGUUAUCAUACUGCAUCACUCAGUUUGUGGAGAAAGACUGCAAGCUUGCUGAUACUGUUAUCAGGGGUUUAUUGAAAUACUGGCCUAUCACUAAUAGUUCAAAGGAAGUGAUGUUCCUGAAUGAAUUGGAGGAAGUUUUAGAACCAACUCAGCCGCCAGAAUUUCAGCGCUGCAUGGUUCCCCUCUUUCGACAGAUUGCAAGGUGUUUGAACAGUUCACACUUUCAGGUGGCAGAGAGAGCUUUGUUUUUAUGGAACAAUGAUCACAUAGAGAAUCUGAUCACACAAUACCGUACGGUCAUAUUGCCCAUUAUUUUUCCUGCCUUGGAGAGAAAUGCCAGAAAUCAUUGGAAUCAGGCCGUCCAUAACUUGACUAUGAAUGUCCACAAGAUUUUCCAAGAUCUUGAUCCCGAGCUCUUCAAGGAAUGUUUGCUUAAGUUUGAAGAAGAUGAAUCAAAGGCAGUUGAGAUCAAAGCUAAACGUGAAGCUACGUGGAACCGUUUAGAAAAUCUUACUGCUCAGAAAACUGCAAGUAAUGCUGCAGUGCUUGAUUCUUGCAAAACAAACAUAUCUUCAGCUUAGUGAGAACAGGAUACUAUCGAUGCCAGUCACGUUUUUUCCUUCUCUCUGAUUAAGGUGGGAUUCAUAAAAUAGAAACAUUGUCCAGAUGAUGAACUGUUUAUGGAUUGUUCCUCACCUGUUUCAGAAGGAAUCUAAUACGCGGUACGCUUACUGGCUUGUCCUGAGGCCAAAUGAACAUUUUCUAAAUUUCUCUUGAAUCCUUUAGAUUUCUUAGCUUACAAGAUCAUAUUGUUUUGAAAAUGUGAUAAGCUUUAAAAGAACUUUUGAUAGAUGAUAAUCCGAUUGGCCGUGAGGAUGGGGUUCCUAUUGUAAAAUAAAUAUUUUUGUUAUAUUGUUUCUAAUGCUCUUUUUUUCAUGGUUCA